AUGGUUGUUAUCAUUAUGUAUGGAUACUGUGAUUAUUCAAAGAAGAAAGUGCAAUGGGAUUUCAUUAAGAAUAUUGGUUUAAAUAUUUCUCAACCGUGGGUUCUUCUGGGUGAUUUAAACUUUCAUUUAACUGAUACUUCUUCUGGGAGUUCUUCAUCAAGUGAUGGAAUGGUCAACUCUAUACUUCAAGAUAUUAGUUUAGAGGACUUGGGUUUUAUAGGCAGAGGACAUACUUGGUCGAACAACAAUAUGGGUACAGGUGAAAAGAGGUCAAAAAUUGAUUUGGCACUGGUUAAUGGGGCUUGGAACACUAGUUUCACAGACUCUAAACUUCUUCAUCUUUCUCAAAUGGGAAGUGACCAUUGUCCAAUCAUGCUGGUUACUGAUUACUCUCAACCAAAAUUAUGGAAACCUUUCAAGUUUUUCAGGACCUGGUUACAUGAUAGCACAUGUGCAGCUGAGGUGGCUAAAGCCUGGGAUAAGUCAGUUCAAGGGUCUCCUGGAUAUAAACUCAUCAAAAUACUCCAAUUCACAAGAAUCACUCUUUCUAAAUGGAACAAAAUACACUUUGGUGAUAUUAACCAAAAUGUGGAUACUCUUCAACAACAACUAUCUGUCAUACAAGGGCUUCCAUAUUCUCAUGAAAAUAAUAUCAAGGCUGCUGAGGUUGAAAGGGAACUAGAUAAAUGGCAUCAAAUUCAGUAUGAGUUUCAUAAGCAAAAAUCUAGAGAUAAUUUUGUAAAGGACAUGGAUUACAACACACGGUAUUUUCACACUCUUACAAAAAGGAGAAGAGCUAGGAAUAAUAUUGAUUCAUUACAAGAUGGGGAAGGUAACUGGCUACACUCAAGAGAUGAUACAGCUGCAAUGCUAACUAAUCAUUUUAAGAGUAUAAGUUCUUCUAAUAAUAUUUCUAUUGAAGAAAAACAUUAUCUGCAUAUUCCUACCUUAAUCACUGAAGAGGACAAUAGAAUACUUCUCUUACCUCCAACUAAUGAAGAGAUUGUGAAAAUAUUAAAAAGUAUGGAGAGCUGGUCAGCUCCAGGUCCUGAGGGUUUUUAA